AACAACCGUUUACGUUCACUGCGAAACAUGUCGGCUCCCCAGAAAACGACAAAGGAGGGCCUAGACCAAGAUGACACAGCAACACAGACUGAACCAUUAGCCGGUCCCAGUGAAGUUAAAGAAGAGGAUCCUGCAGCUCUCACCUCUUCUGCUACCAUGGUAGAACCAAUGGGUGGCAUACUAUCCUCACUGAAGUCGAGGCCUCCAGAGAAAGACAAAUCUGACUCUGCUGAGGAUUGUGACAUGUGGUCGCCUCCUUCUUCACCAGUGAACAAACCCACUGCAGGUCACGCAGCAAAGUCCAUUUCCUCCAUGUCUCCUUGUCCUUACACGUCCUCACCACUGUCGCCCGGCAGAGCAAAGAUGAGCGUUUCUGGGCCGUCUACCAGUAAAUCCAACCUCCCCUCUGCCCCUUCAACCUCCUCCUCCCCCUCCCUCUCAGCCUCUUCAACUCCCUCCGUCUCCCCAGGACCACACAAAAUCCACAGAGCCCGGAAGACCAUGACCAGGCCCGCAUCGAGUCAGAUCGGCCAUGUUGAUACUCUUGCCGCUUCCAGGACUCCUUCAGGAUCUUGCGUCUCCUCUGACUCUGAAACUGCUGCAAAAAAGAGGAAACUAUCCGAGACUACUGCUGGAGGAGGUGAAAAAAUGGCAAACAAGACUCAGACUCUGGAUGAGAAGUUAUCUCCUAAAAAACUGGAGUCUGUUUCGAAUGCGUCUUUGAAGAGCAGGAACUCCUCUGACAAAUCGGCUGAUGAUGGAGGCCAUUUGUCAUCUCUAGAUUCUGAAAAGUCGGACAAUAAAGGUGAAGAGAGGCAGCAGACUGAGGAUACAGAAGAUCAGAGUUUGGAGCCUGAAAGAAGGUCUCCUGGACCGCUGUCCGAUCACGACAAGAACACGGCCACAGUUGAUGUGGUAGAAACAGAGGAGGAAAGAUCUGGUGAAUACACAGAAGUUCCUUUGGGGGCUUUGGACAUUGCUGCUGCAGACAGUCUGACUCUGUCUCCUCCUGCUGAGGGAAGCGAAGCAGGCGACAUGGAGCGCCUGGAGGAGCUUCCUCUGUGCAGCUGCAGAAUGGAGGCUCCUCGGGUGGACAGCACCAGUCAGCGGGUCAGCAGGCAGUGUAUGGCCACAGAAAGCCUCAACGGAGAGCUCCGGGCUUGCAGCAACUGGACCAUGAAAGCGGAGACGAUGCGACCAUCCAGUCGGAUCCCCCUCAUGGUGCUCUGUGACGUCCAUCGCUCUCACAUGGUCAAACAUCACUGUUGUCCUGGCUGUGGAUACUUCUGCAUAGCAGGCACAUUCCUGGAAUGCUGCCCAGACCAGCGGAUCGCUCACCGCUUCCACCGCGGCUGUGUGACCGUACUGAGCGGGGGGCGCAGCAAAGCCAAUGGCGGUGGGAUGCUUUUCUGUCCACACUGUGGGGAAGACGCUUCAGAAGCCCAGGAGAUCACCAUCCCCUCCUCUGCCUCUACCUCCGCAACCACUGUUGUCACCAUGUCGGCCUCCUCCACAACCACGCCCUCCCUUCCCCCAUCUGCCCCGACAGGCCCCUCUCUCACUGCCUCAACAGGAGGGAUGAAGGAUGGGAAGAUGCCUGAAAGACCUGUCAGUGCCAGAAUGCGAAGCCACGGUUUAGUAACUCCGACCGUGGAACAACAGCCUCCCCAGCCGGUGCCCUCGGCUACAACUGUGCCUGCUGUUCCUCCAGCAGAGGAAGGGGUGGACAGCGUUGGACCGUCUCUCUGCAUGCCCAAUGGGAAAUCAGUCAGCCCAAGUGCACUACCACCCGGGCCCAGCAGAGCGGCGCUGCAGAAAGCCAUUCUUACACAGGAAACGGAAAGGAGGAAGAAACUGAGGUUCCACCCACGACAGCUGUAUCCUGCUGCCAAGCAAGGAGAGGUCCAGCGAGUGCUGCUGAUGCUGAUGGAGGGUAUCGAUCCAACAUACCAGUCGGAGUCUCAGAACCGCCGCUCAGCUCUUCAUGCUGCAGCUCAGAGAGGCCUGCUGGAGGUCUGCUAUAUGCUAAUACAGGCUGGAGCUCAGGUGGAUGCCAAAGACAAAGAUCUGAGGACCCCUCUGUUGGAGGCUGUGAUCAAUAAUCAUGUUGAUGUGGCUCGCUACCUGAUCCAGAAUGGAGCCUGCGUUUAUCAUGUUGAGGAGGAUGGAUAUACUGGUCUCCAUCAUGCUGCCAAACUGGGAAACCUGGAAAUUGUUAACAUGCUUCUGGAGACCGGCCAGGUUGACGUGAAUGCUCAGGACAACGGUGGAUGGACGCCAAUCAUCUGGGCUGCAGAGCAUAAGCAUGUUGAAGUGAUUAAAUCGCUGCUGAACAGAGGCGCUGACGUCUCCAUUAAAGACAAGGAGCUGAAUGUUUGUCUCCACUGGGCGGCGUAUGCUGGAAACAUAGACAUAGCAGAACUGGUGUUGAACGCCGGUUGCUCCCUCUCAUCGGUCAAUGUGCACGGAGACACCCCGCUCCACAUCGCCGCCAGAGAAGGAUACUUGGAAUGUGUAACAUUGUUUUUAUCGAGAGGUGCAGAUAUCGACAUCAUGAACAGGGAGGGGGACACGCCUCUAAGCCUGGCACGGCCUGACACACCUGUCUGGGUUUCACUACAGAUCAACAGGAAGCUGAGAAGAGGAAUCGCCAACCGCCUGAUUCGGACAGAGCGAAUCAUCUGCAGCGAUGUCGCACAGGGCUACGAAAACAUUCCAAUUCCCUGCGUUAACGCAGUGGACGACGAAGGCUGUCCUUCGGACUAUAAGUAUGUUUCGGAAAACUGUGAGACUUCAGCAAUGAACAUAGACCGAAACAUCACACACCUGCAGCACUGUAGCUGCACUGAUGACUGCUCCUCCAGCAACUGCCUCUGUGGGCAGCUGAGCAUCCGCUGCUGGUAUGACAAGGACCAACGGCUGCUGCAGGAGUUCAACAAAAUUGAACCUCCUCUCAUAUUCGAAUGCAACAUGGCGUGUUCGUGUUAUCGAACGUGCAAGAACAGAGUGGUCCAAGCAGGCAUAAAAGUUCGUCUACAGCUCUACAGGACUGAGAAGAUGGGCUGGGGAGUUCGAGCGAUGCAGGACAUCCCCCAGGGAAGCUUCAUCUGCGAAUAUGUCGGAGAGCUGAUCUCUGAUGCUGAAGCUGAUGUUCGCGAAGAUGAUUCCUACUUGUUUGACCUCGACAACAAGGAUGGGGAGGUGUACUGUAUAGACGCACGUUACUAUGGCAACAUCAGCCGCUUCAUCAACCACCUGUGUGACCCAAACCUCAUCCCAGUGCGAGUGUUCAUGCUGCAUCAAGAUCUGCGUUUCCCCCGCAUCGCCUUUUUCAGCUCCAGAGACAUCCUGAGUGGACAGGAACUUGGGUUUGACUACGGUGACCGUUUUUGGGACAUAAAGAGCAAGUAUUUUACCUGCCAGUGUGGAUCAGAGAAGUGUAAGCACUCUGCUGAGGCCAUCGCUUUGGAGCAGAACAGGCUGUCUCGGAUGGAGGCCUGUUCAGAGUCGGGAGCUGACUGUGGGAUGACCAUGAUGGGAAACUCCUAAAACACUUGAACCACAGGGCCUUCCGAUUAAACCCCAAUAAGUUUACAGGAACACACAGUGGAUAAAAGAUCUGGGGGUAUCGCCUGCUGCGGUGCUGUUAUGUUUUACUCUUUUCUAAAGCUGUCACUUUAUUAAAUUCACUGUUGCAGAAUUUAUUGUAAAGGACCAGAUUUAAAACGGUUUUAGAAAAUCUACAAAAUCUCAUUAUCAUGUAUGCAGUCAUUUUAGUGUAAUAGAAAAUGCUUUCUGAAACAUUUUGCUGGAGGCCUUCAUUACACAGUUACAUAUUUUAGAUUUUUUUUAUUUGUUAUUUUUUUGUAAAGUGUCAACCAGCUCAGCAUAUUAUGGAAAAAUUACACAGCAUCAAAAUAAAGGCCUUUCUAACUCAUAAAUCUUUGUAUCAUAUCAGUUGGUUGAUUGGUGCUUGUCGUAGUUGUCUUUUAUUUUUAUAAAUGUUUCUUCUGUCACUUCUAGGGAAAUAAAACAA